AUGUAUCCUAUUUUUAAUCCUUCCUUACUCUUAAGAAUCAACAAAAGUUUACAGCUUUACCCACACACUCACUUAAGAUACAUCACGGCCGCCUCCUCUGUUUUAGUGCCCAACACUCAGCAAAUAGCCCACCUCAUUUUAGAGCAAAAAUCAGCAGACCAAGCUCUCCAGACAUUCGAAUGGGCCUCAAAGAUCCCGGGCUUCAGCCACAACCCGUCCACCUACCGGGCCUUGAUCCAUAAGCUCUGUACUUAUCGACAGUUCAAAAUUGUCGAGCAAGUGCUCGAUGAAAUGCCCAAGAGAAUUGGUUCGUGUCCUGAUGAUGACAUUUUUGUUACUAUUGCCCGUGGAUUUGGGCGGGCUAAAAUGACGAUGCAAGUGAUUAGAGUUCUUGAUUUGGUGCCCAAGUUUAGGAAGGCUCCCCCUUCAUUGAAGCUGCUGAACACUAUUCUCGAUAUUCUGGUGAAGGAAGACAUUGAUAUUGCAAGGGAGUUCUAUAGGAGGAAAAUGAUGGGGUGUGGUAUGAAGGGUGAUGACUACACGUAUGGUAUUUUGAUGAAAGGUUUCUGCUUGACUAACAGAAUAGGAGAUGGGUUUAAGCUUCUGCAGGUAAUGAAGAGUCACGGAGUCAAGGUUAAUGUGGUUGUGUACAAUACGUUGAUUUAUGCCCUUUGCAAAAAUGGAAAAGUCGGUAGAGCCAGGAGUUUAACGAAUGAAAUGGAGGAAUUUAGCGACGUGACUUAUAAUAUCUUUAUCUCGGCAUACUGUAAUGAAAACAAUAUCGUGCAAGCUCUAGUGAUGUUGGAAAAGUCCUUUAGUGAUGGUUUCGUGCCAGAUGCUGUGACCUUGACCAAAUUGCUAGAGAUUUUAUGCAAUGCAGGACGUGCAUCCGAGGCUGUUGAAAUUUUAGAAAGAGUUGAGAAAAACCGAGGGGCUCUAGAUGUCGUGGCUUACAAUACUUUGCUCAAGGGUUUUGUUCAAUCCGGGAAAAUAAAAGCAGCACGUGGAUUUCUUAAGCAGAUGGAGAUGAAGGGAUGUCUUCCGAACACCAAAACAUAUAAUAUUCUGAUAAAAGGUUUUUGUGAUUCUGAAAUGUUAGACUCUGCUCUCGAUAUGUUUGGUGAAAUGAAAAGAGCAGGCCUGCAUUGGGAUUUCGUCACAUUUGAUACACUAAUUUACGGACUGUGCUCGUCCGGAAAGACUCGGGACGGGCUCAAGAUACUUGAAAUAUUUCUUCAAGGCAAGAGAAAGGAUUGGGUUCACCGGAUUGACCCUUAUAACAGCAUUCUAUACGGUUUGUACAAGGAGAAUUAUCUGGAUAAAGUAGCCGAAUUCUUAAACUACAUGAAAUUUUUAUUUCCUCGUGCAGCCAGUCGUAGUUUGAGUAUCUUACGAUCUUGCGAAGAUGGAAAUAUAGAUGAAGCAAAACAAAUUCUUGAAACAAUGCGUGAGCAGGGUGAUAUUCCUAGUGCCGUCGUCUAUGCAGAUCUGAUUCGGGUGUUGUGUGAAAAGGGGCACAUGAAGGAAGGGGUUGAGCUGACAAAUGUGAUGAUCGAGCAUAAUUAUAUCCCAAUCGGGUCGACGUUUAACGUUCUAAUCAGUGGGUUUUGCCGGCAGGGUAAAGUUGGGGCAGGGGUUAGGCUUUUGGAGGAUUUGAAGAUGAGAGGUUGUUUGCUCGACUCUGAAAGCUAUGGCGACUUAAUUAGGGCCUUUUGCAGCAAAGGGGAUUUGCAGCAAGUUGUGAUUUUGCUAAUGCAGAUGAUGGAAAUGGCCCAGUCCUCGAAAUUCCGAGCUACCCAGUUUCGGUUUUACAGUGAUCGCCCACAUUCUUCUCUUUCCAGGCGCACAGGCUUCCUUACAGGGCCACUUGCUUAUUAUAAAAGUCUAGUUGAUCAAGGGAAGUUGAAACAUGAUGCUUGCCAGGAAAAGGUUGCUGUGGAACUUGAUAGUUUGCUUGGGAGACUGGACCAAUAUGAGAAAGACAUGGAGGAAUACCAUACGAACCUUGCUAAAUGGGAAGAGAACCGGGAGAACCAGCGGCGGAGGCUUUUGAUGGAAGAAGCCAAGUCAAAACAGGAAGGCGAUCCUUCAACAUCUGUAAACAAGCGCCGGAACUUUUUUCAAAAGUGGAUGUCAAGAAAUGAAACUGUUGAACCGGGAGUGGGAAAAUGGGUCUCAUACCUUAAUCGAGAAAAGAAAUUAGAUUCACUGGUUGGCCAGUGUCCGACUGCUCCUCCAGCCCCGAAAGGACUUUACAUCUAUGGAAAUGUUGGAAGUGGGAAAACAAUGCUUAUGGAUAUGUUUUAUGGUGCAACGGAAGGAAUUGUUCGACAUAGGAGAAGGCUUCAUUUUCAUGAGGCUAUGCUUCAGAUACAUGAGCUUAUGCAUAAGAUAUGGAAAGGUCAAGAGAUGGAAAAGUCUCUUCAACAGAGCAUUUCCAACUGGGUUACAAAUCUUCCCUUUGAUACAAAAGUUAAGGAGUGGCUAAUUGAGGAAGAAAGAUAUAAACAAGAGAUAAAGAUGAAAAAUAUCCUUCCAGCUGUUGCCGACAAGUUCCUUGCUGACGUGCAAGGACAUCAAAAGGGAGCUAGUAUUCUUUGCUUUGAUGAAAUACAGACAGUCGAUGUAUUUGCUAUUGUGGCUUUAUCUGGAAUAGUUAGCCGAUUAUUGAGUACAGGGACAGUUCUUGUGGCUACCAGUAAUCGCGCGCCAAGGGAUUUAAACCAGGAUGGAAUGCAAAAGGAGAUAUUUGAAGAGUUUCUGGCCAAACUGGAGGACCACAGUGAAAUUAUUCUGGUCGGUAGUGAAAUUGAUUACCGUAGUCAUAUAGCACAAAGUUCAAUCGAUCAGGCAAGAACCGAAAGUUAUGAUGCUUGUCUUAGUCUACUCGUUUUCUUUGUCCUCUCAACAAUACCAACGCAAAAGAAUUCGAGAAUAUGUGGAACAAGAUUGUGGGACAGUCAGGAGGGAGGAACAUUGGAAGUCGCUGAGAGCUGCAAUGGGGUGGCACGUUUCUCAUUUGAAUUUCUAUGUGGUCAACCGAUAGGAGCAGCUGACUAUAUUGCCGUUGCUAAAACCUACCACACAGUCUUCAUAGAAGCUAUUCCUGUUAUGAGCAUGCGUAUACGAGACAAGGCGAGGCGGUUUAUCACAUUAAUCGAUGAACUGUACAAUCACCAUUGUUGUCUGUACUGUUCUGCUGCUGCUUCUAUUGAUGAACUGUUUCAAGGAACCGAAGACGGAACAUUAUUUGAUUUGGAGAGGCCAUUUGAAACGGACAUAGAAGGUUCUAAGCUGAGACGAGAUGUUAUGGCUGAAGGAAACGUGAGUUCCAGAAGAGCAAACACCACUGGCAUUAUUUCCAUUCUUUCGGCUCAAGAGGAGAUGUUUGCAUUCCGUAGAGCUGUUUCUCGCUUGAUUGAAAUGCAAACGUCAUUUUACAUUGAAGGUGUUCGUUCCAUUCAUCCUUAUUUCCAUGAAAAGUCUAAAGAGAUUCUGAGACGAAACAUGGCUGGCGGCUAGUAAGCAACAUUCCACCAUGCGAUGUGUUGUUUUGUAUUCAUUUAAGCGCAUUUUGCAUCUGGUACCGGACUUCAAUUUCACGACGUUAAUUUUUUUUUUAUGUAUUUAUUUAAUUAUAUCUUUUGUAUGCUUCAUGAGUUGGGAAUCUAGAGAAGUGGCUUCUCUAGUUAAUUUUCUUUUAUUAUUAAUGCCAGAGUCUUGUUUUGCUCAGCCCCAUCUUAAUCUUAUGCCUAAACAUUCUCAAAAAUCUGUAUUAGAAUGAAGAAAUCGACAU